CCCUGCACUCACCAAAGGCCAGUGGACUGUCACCUCAGAGCCAAGGGCUGAUGGCAUCAUGUGUCCUUGGGUAGCCUUCACAGGCCUCAUACUACUUUGGACUGAUGCUGUGGUGUCUCAGGUACGAGUGAGUGGAGUGGUGGGUCAGCCUGUCAUGCUACCCUGCAUGUACUCCAGAGCUAGAGAAGUCAGCACCAUGUGCUGGGGCCGAGGGCCAUGUCCUCUCUACUCAUGCUCAAAUCCAUUCAUCAGGACUGAUGGACACCGUGUCACCUUUCAGAGGAACGCGCGUUAUGAGCUCAAUGGACUCAUUUCUAAAGGGAAUGUGUCUUUAACCAUAAAGAAUGCAGCGCAGUCUGACAGUGGCACGUAUUGUUGCCGUGUGGCGCUCCCGGGGUGGUUUAAUGAUUUGAAAGUCAACAUAUUAUUGGAGGUAAAGCCAGCUCCACCUACGGUCACCAGUGUUCCAACAUCACAUCAGGUCUCUACCUCUGUUCCUGCAAUGCCAGCAUCCACACGAAACCUCAAGACAGCUCCACCUAGGGUCACCAGUGUUCCAACAUCAGCUAGGGUCUCUACCUCUGCUCCUACAAUGCCAGCAUCCACACAGAACCUCAAGACAGCUCCACCUAAGGUCACCAGUGUUCCAACAUCAGCUAGGGUCUCCACCUCUGCUCCUGCAACGCCAGCAUCUACACCAAAACUCAAGAGAGGUCAAGUAUAUUUUUCUAAGACCAGAGACCUUCUAAUGAGAGGACGUAGACCCCCAAGGGCAUAUGUUAUGGCAGAAGUACAAUGUAGGCUCCACCUAAGGUCACCAGUGUUCCAACAUCAGCUGGGUUCUCUACCUCUGCUCCUACAAUGCCAGCAUCCACACAGAACCUCAAGACAGCUCUGCCUAAGGUCACCAGUGUUCCAACAUCACAUCAGGUCUCUACCUCUGCUCCUACAAUGCCAGCAUCCACACCAAAACUCAAGACAGAUACUACUUCAUCUUCUCCAAUGCAGACAGCAGAAACUAAGACUGUCACACCACAAGAAACAAUUACAACCAGCUUACCACUGA